GCUUCCCUCCCCCAUGAGGAUGAUUUUGAGCUGCUACACCUGAGAGUGGCCACAGAUCAAUCCUGUAACUAAAUUACACACACAUAUUGAAGGCUUCCACAGAACAUGUUUCUCUUGUCAGGAGAAAAUCAGCACCAACAGACACAUUUUCCUCAGUAAAAUAAGUACUGACCAACUGUGGGAUUCCUUCUUGCUCCCACACAUAAAAGCCUCAAAAAGCAAGAGGAUUACAUGCUGCUUUUGUAGAAUUCACGCUGGCAGACAGGUGAAAUUAAAUUGCUGCUUUUAUUCUCCCUGCAUGCUGCUCUGUGUGGCUUCCUCCUGAGUCCUCACAGCUCUCAGAAUUUUGGAUUUUGGUGGCCAGAUGCUUGUUGAGGAUCAUCACCAGCUCAGCAGUGACAUAACCCCAUAACCGACCUCGGAUGCUGUCACUGCCAAGGACACAUUUGGGCAGAUUUUGUGAUUUCUUUCUACUUUGCUCCUCCCUUCUCUCAAAUGGAAGUGCAAGUGUUUCCUCUGAGCACAUGUGUGUGCCCAUCCCAGUGUUUGUGUGUGCACAUCCCAGUGUUCCUGAGCUACCCAGCAGCUCCAUGGAUCUGUCUGGCUGUGGUGACCUCUCAGCUGGCAGCGAUUCCUUUCCCAGCAAAUUGCACAUUCUCCCCCCUCCGUGUGAGUUAUUAAAACCAGAUGUGCGGAGAGAACUCUGCUGUGAUGCACUUUUGUGGGCUGAUUUCAUUCCUUGGCUGCAAUGGUGGGAUGCCUCCAAUGAAAGCUGGGGGACAAGCCCAGGAGGAUUCAAACCCAUUAGUCUGAGCUAAAGUCCCAGGCCUGAAUCUCUGUUGAUAUCACAGUAAAUUAGAUGUAACACAACUAAAGCAAACUGAGCUAAAUCAGUGCAAGGCUGGAAUGAAAAAGGGGUAAGAGAAACGAGAUCUUGUCUUGGAUUUAUCUGUUUGUUCUUUAUAGGCUGUUCUGUGGAUCUUAAUGAAUCAUUAAGAAAUCAUCAUGGAAAGAAGAAGCAGCUUCGUGUUGUUCCUGGAUCAGCUUCAUUUUGAAACACAGGAAUCUGAGAAAUAAGCUUGUAAUCUCAUGCAAGACCAUGAGGAGGAAAAGGCACCCUGGCAUUUAAUGGGUGUAUUUAUAGGAAGGUCAUCUCACAGCCUGCAUCUGACUCAAAGUCGAAGCCAUCUGGGAAUGUUUCUAUGGGUGACGACCACAUUCCAGGAAGCGUCACAGCAUCCUGAGUCCUGUGGGAUGGGGAUUGCUUUAGGCUCUCAUUUGGCUCAUGGUGGGUCUGGAAGAAGAAAGCCACAGCCAGAGCUCAGUGUGUCAUGAUGUGACACCCCUUCUCCAUGUUUUAGGACCAGUGGUUAACUAAACUCUUGGGAUUUACCCUGAAAUGUGCCCCUGCUGUCAAGGUGUGGAUUAGAAGAGCUUUUUACCAUUUUGUUGGUUAAUAAGAUUCUCUAGUUGAGCUCUAGACCACAUAAAUGGCUUUGUAAAGCAUCAAGAGUACAGGUGAGAAUCCUUGCAGCAGCAUCCUCUGGGGAAGGCUGUUGAGGCAGUGGGUGCUGGAUGUUAUCCCGUGCUGGUGCUGUGGGAAAUGAUCUUGCUGCCUCCUCGGGGCUGUUCAGAGAGGGAGAGAAAGAACUAAAACACGUGGUGUAGGUUGAUGUCCUCUGUCUCUGAGGGGUCCUGUUUUGUCAGUGGUAAGUGAAGCAGUAUUGGGGUGUGUGCGUGGUCCCAAGGACAGUCAGUUGUAGGGGUGGCCAGUCCGUGCUCCCAGGAGAAACCUCUCCCAAGAUUUGCACACCUUUGGAGAACCAGCCCAUUAAAAAAUGGGCACAAGAGACAAAUUAAGUAGCCAGUGGCCUGAGUGUUUCUGAACUGGGGCUGCUUUGUGCAGUUCCCUGUGCUCGUGAGGAGCAGCUGAUUUUGUAGGGUCACAUUUACACAGUUUAUGCUGCCUUGUAACUGGGUGUAUGAAGCUGUGUGAGGAGAUCUGGCUUCCCACAGGAACAGUUGAGCUCAGCUGUUUCCAGGCACUCUUGUUUGUCCUGGGGCUGACUGAGGGAGCCUGUGGCAAACCUCACAACUGCACCACGGGCUCUGGCACUGCCAGGGGCAAAUCCAACUUGUCCCCUGAGCUGUGAGAGGGCUGUGGUUGGGAGCCACGAGGCAUUGGCUCUAUAUGUGCAGGCAGGGGUUAAGCAUUCUGAAUUUGCAAUAGCCAGGCAGCUUUCCCAUAUAAGAGCACUGCACUCAUUGGCUCUCUCUUUUACUGAGAAAUCUAUCUAGUCAUUUCCUGUGCAAGCCCUCCUUCACUUUGCAAAAAGCCAUACAGUUGAGUAAAUAACAGGAAUCUGUGACUAUUCCUUGGAUUCUCUCAUGGACCAUCACCAGCCAGGAGUUCAAUGCUGUGCCAUUAGCAGAGUGCUAAUGUGAACAUGGUCUUCUCUGCAGAAGAGGAGGACUCUCACCCAUGGAUGUAAAUAAUUUUGGCUCUGCUUUCAUGCUUAUUAACACUUGUUGGUAUUGGACUUGGUUUCUACUGAGAGAUCAUUUACCCUCUGAAGGCUCUGUUGGGACUCCUUGUCAGAUCUGUUCUUGGGUGGAGCUUGCAACAACUUGGGCCGGUCUGUCUGUGCAAGACUGACAGUAAAUAACUCUCCCGAGCGCUGCGGAGAGAUGGAAACUGCAGCUGAGAAAUGAUUUGGGGGAAAGGAAGACAGAAAAGCACAAGCAAAGUAUUAUGGAAGUACAAAUAGCCCUCUGAAGGAUCAGCAAACGUACCAGCUAUGGAGUCUGGCUGUAGUCCCAGCAAGGGAGAUUUCUCCUCAGAGAAAACCUGUUAACCAUUUGGAGGGAGUGCAUGGGAAGGAGACAGAGUUAUUAACGAAAGCUCCGCUGCAGGUUUAGUCCCCCAGCAGGGAACGUCUUUGUUGACCUGCAAGACCAUCUCUCCUAGAAAUGGAUAACUUCACCAACGGGCAGCCGGGCCCGGGUCAGAGGAACAGGUUCAUAGGAUUGCUAGAAACUGAUGACAGUGUCCAGGAAGAUAAACCUGCACCCAGUAAAAAGGAAGAAAGAUCUGGACCUGGAAAGAAAGGAGAGCCACGACCCUUGGAGACACCUUACCAGAAGGAGAGCAGUGAUUUUGCUCCUAAAAUCAAGGUUAAUCUGAAUUAUCGGCCAGGACUCGUCAGCAACCCAAAGGACCCAAAUCGCUUCGACAGGGACCGUCUGUUCAGCGCAGUCACCAGGGGCACCCCUGAGGCACUGGAUGGUUUGUUCGAGUACUUAAGGAGAACCUCCAAAUUUCUCACAGAUUCUGAAUACACAGAUGCAAAGACUGGGAAGACCUGCUUAAUGAAAGCCCUGUUGAACUUAAAAAAUGGAAAGAAUGACACAAUAGCAGUCUUGCUGCAAAUAGACCAAAAGACACGGAAUCCCAGGCCACUUGUCAAUGUGUCGUGCUCUGACUGCUACUACAGAGGCCAGACAGCACUUCACAUUGCCAUAGAGAAAAGGAGCCUCCCUUUAGUGAAGCUGCUGGUAGAGAAUGGAGCUGAUGUCCAUGCCAGAGCCUACGGGGAAUUCUUCAGGAAGAAGAAAGAAGGAGUUUACUUUUAUUUUGGUGAACUUCCCCUCUCCUUGGCUGCUUGUACCAACCAGCUUGAUGUGGUGGACUAUCUCCUAAACAAUCCCCACCAGAAAGCCAGGCUCCAGGAGCAGGACACACAGGGCAACACAGUCCUCCAUGCCCUGGUGAUGAUUGCAGAUGACACUGAGGAGAACACCAAGUUUGUGAGCACAACAUAUGUUGAGAUCCUGAAGGCAGGUGUGAAGCUUGACCCAACGUGUAAACUGGAGGAGAUAGUGAAUUAUGAUGGAUUAAAUCCUCUGCAGCUCGCUGCCAAGACAGGCAAAGUGGAGAUCUUCAGGCACAUCAUCCAGAGGGAGAUCAAGGACCCCGUGUACCGGCACCUGUCCCGCAAGUUCACGGAGUGGACCUACGGCCCCAUCCACGUGUCCCUCUAUGACCUGUCCUCCUUGGACAGCUUUGAGGAGAACUCUGUGCUGGAGAUCCUGGCCUACAGCAGCGACACCCCGAACCGGUACAAGAUGGUGGUUUUGGAGCCACUGAACAAACUGCUUCAGCAAAAAUGGGAAACUUUUGCUUCCAAGAGAUUCUACUUCAGUUUUGUCUCGUACUUGUCAUUCAUGAUCAUCUUUACAGCCAUAGCCUACUAUCAGCCCUUACGGGUAAAGCCUUCAUUUCCAGUGGAAUUCACAGCUGGAGGCUUCCUGUGGGUCUCUGGACUGAUCAUUAUCUUGUUAGGAGGCAUUUAUCUGAUCUUUGCUCAGAGUCUGUACUUGAGGAGGAGACGCCAGUCCCUGAAGACCAUGUGCUCUGACAGCUGCAUCGAGAUCCUGAUCUUCAUCCAGGCGUUCUCAUUGCUGCUGUCAGCAGUCCUGUAUGGUGCCAGCUCAGAAAACUAUGUGGCAGUGAUGGUGUUCUCCCUGCUUUUGGGGUGGGUGAACACUCUCUAUUACACCCGGGGCUUCCAGCGCACUGGGAUCUACAGUGUCAUGAUACAGAAGACCAUCAUGAGGGAUCUGCUGCGUUUCCUCUUGGUUUACAUGAUCUUCCUCUUUGGCUUUGCCGCAGCUCUGGUCACUCUGAUGGGCGACGCCCCCUCAGUCUCCCAGAACAAGUCCCUGGCUCACCUGGAGGGCACUGGGAGCCACGCCAUGUACGGGGGGCUGCUCAGCGUCUCCCUGGAGCUCUUCAAGAUCACCAUCGGGAUGGGAGACCUGGAUUUCCACGAACAUGCCAGAUUCAGAUAUUUUGUCAUGCUCCUGCUGCUGCUCUUUGUGAUCCUCACUUACAUCCUUCUGCUCAACAUGCUGAUCGCCCUCAUGAGCGAGACAGUCACAGACAUUUCUGGUUACAGCAAGAGCGUCUGGAAGCUGCAGAGGGCUAUUGCUAUUCUAGAAAUAGAGAAGGCCUGGCUGUGGCGCCAGGGUGGGAAGAGGAGAUCUGGCUGCUUCAUGUCAGUGGGGCUCAAUAAGAAAGAUGAGAGGUGGUGUUUCAGAGUAGAGGAAAUUAAAUGGACAGAUUGGGCAAAGGAUGUGGGAGUUCUGAAGGAAGACCCUGGAAACACCAGUGAUUCAGAAAUAAAUCCAGAAGCUUCCUGCUGAUGAAGGGCCGUUCCUGUGUCUCCUGCUGCAGAGACAAGAUCGUGGAAACGGGAACCACAGAAACCUCCGAGAUCAGCUGCCUCAGAGGAGCAGUCACUCCUGCAGCCCCAGCCAUCAGCAACAGAGAUGAUGCCUUUGCAGGGACAAACCAGAGAUCUUUGACAGGUUUUCUGAGUUGCAACCUUGCUCCCAUCUCCAAAGGAGUAGUUCUUCCUAUAGCAGCUGGAAGAAUUGAAGGCAUUAUCAGUAUUAAAGUGCAUUUUGUCGAGGACUGUGGUUCAGCCUGUGGCUUUAAAUACUUUUAUGCACUUUAAUCAUUAAUUUCCUUUGAAGAAACUAUUUUUACUCAACUUUCUCUACCUGACACUUUCUUACUGCUAUGUCUAAAGAUACAAGAGCAAGAGUGAGCUCCUGGGGCAGUGGGGAGUGGUCUCUGGGAAGGCAGUGCUCCCUGAGCUGUACAGGAAUAAUGCUGAUGCAGUGACUUAGAAAAGAGUGGAUCGACUUAUUCUUUUGUCACAAGAGACUAAACUGAAGUACUUUGGAGUAAAAAAUGUCAUAGAGUCAUAAAAAGUUGCUCAGGGUGGAGUUGGCUUCUGUGCAAAGUGCUGCUGGUGUGAGGCACGAGCGGACAAAUACUCAGUGUGCAGUCAGCAAGAGCUGCUCUGAGUGUCUGUGGCAGCACCUGCAAUGCUCCGUGGUCAGUCCACAUCAGAAUCCCCAUUUUACAGUAUUGGAAUGAAGUCCUUUGCACAAUGUGCACGUUUGCUUAAAAGCACAAAAGCUGAUGUGGAUUUCCCAGACCCGUAAGUUCACACGGUGAAUUUUGGAGACAUCUGUCUCUCACAGGUUGCUCUGUCUCUGUAAUAAGCAGCAGCAGAAUCCUGCUCGUGGCUCUGAGAGACUGAUGGGCCAAAACUUACUGUGUGGUUGACACUUCCUGUCAGUCUUGGCAGUCUUGGCAUCCUGUCUUGCUGCAAAUGUCUGCAAGGACCUCAUUGCUUUCUGUGACGUGCACCCUGCCCCAGGCAGGAGGGGCAGCCUAAACUCUGUGGAAAAGAGAUAAAAACGAGCUGUCUCACUUUUCACUAUAUUUAAAUAUAAUAACGUGAUAUUUCUGUAAACUGUCAAUAUAGCAAGUUUGCUUCAUUGAAAAUAUUCAUCCUUGGAUAUAUUUCUAGUGUUUCAGUCUUUCUCAAAAGGCAGGAGAAGGUUUGAUCAAUGUGGACUCUAAGGCCUUAUCUAAUUCCUGAUGACAUUUCACCCAGUGCUGUGCUGCCCUCACUGCUGUGCCAGUUAACUUGUUUUUCACGACCUCCUGUCAGUUUGUGCAGCCACAUCUGAGCAUUGAGCAGCUGAUGCUGCCCUGGAUGAACCUUCCACGCAGGGAAUAGUGAUACCCCCAGGAAAGCUGCAGACUCUGGGUGUUGGCCUUCCCUUCAGUGAGAUAAACUAUGCAGCUCGAGAUCUCUGCCUCAUUUCUGCUCUGGAGGAGGCUUGGAGGUUUGUCUUUUGGAGACAACCAUCCUAAUCCUCACUGCCUGCACGUGGCUGGCAGCAGAAGCAUUGCUUUAAAACUUCCUCCCUGCACUUAAAUGGGCUUUUCCCCCGUGCUGGGCAAUUCCCCUGAAGCUUCACCCCAUUGGGGGCUCUGAGUGCUAACUGACUUUUCUCUCUCCAGCUCCUGUUGUUUUCUUGCUUUGUGAAGCCUUCAGCUGCUUUUCCCAUCUAUGGCUCUGUCCUAAGUGUUCCCAAGAUUUGGCAAGGUGCUCACACUGCACAAAAGGAUCAUCUGGCAUAUGAUAAAUCUACUGCUGUGCUUGGUGCUUUGCUGUGGUAGGGAGACUUUGAGAAUUUCAGAGAAUGCAAAAUCAGAUCUACCAUCCCUGUCUGGAGUCCUGAUAAAUAACAAAAGAGAAAUCUUGCUUCCUGGUAGUUUUGGAAAGCUGGGGGCUGUGACAGCUUGCUUACAACAUAACCUGCCUCUUCAGCCAUUCUCUCAGCCUCCUUCUCUUUACAUCCCUUCCUUAAGCUUGCAGUGCACCUUUGUCUUCUGAUCUGCAUCAAGAAUGUUCUGCUGUGAAACAGGGCUUGGCAUUCCCUGUGCUCCCCAAUCCCACCACAGCCCACCAGUCCCAGGCCUCUCGAGCUCAUGGAUAAAGGGUGAUGGGCAGGGAGAGGCCUGUGCAGCAAACAGACAUGUCCAGUUGGUGGGAGGCUGCUGUCCAGCUCUUUGAUGUGCUAUGGAAAAAAGGGGAUUUUUGAGGAGUUGCCACCUCUCUGCAGUGAGGAUGAGUCAGCACUGGGGAGAUUAUCAUCUGUAGCCUCCCAGUGCACGAGCUCCCCUUUGGUUUCACCAGCUGAACCACUUCCCGGUUUGGUCCCGUUACAGACAGGAAGGCUGGCUGGGAUUUGUUUUGUGGGAUGUCUGCAGUUCCUGGAAAGAGGAAGGACUUACAAGCUGGGUCAUAGCUUUGAAGGCCCAGCAGGAUUUUGGGAUCCACACUUAAUAGAUCAUAAUAUUUUGUCAGGAAACACUUCGGUCAUUUACACAAGAAAUCAUGAACAGAUGAACUGUCCUCUCCCUUCUACCUCUUGUGACAGGAGAACCCACCUGCAUGUGAACCCCUUCCUGGGCAGAUGGGGAGGGUUUGCAGGGCUCUGGCAAAGCAGGAACCUUUCACAGUCAUCAGUGAAGGAACAGCUGCAGUUUCUCUCCUCUGUCUGCUCUGUGUGUAUGAGCCACAGAGCCUCUGCAGGCCUAGCCACAACAAGAAGAAAAGGCACCAGCAGCUCCCAGUGCUUUCCACACAGGGUUAGGAAUUCUCCAACCCUCUCCUGUGUGCUUUGGUCAGAGUUGCUUGGCUCCUGGCAGGGUGGGAUAGGAAUGUGGACCUUUGGCUUCCAAACUUCACACGGGCACUCUUUGCCUGCCCACUGCUCCCUGUGCCUUCUCCAGAGGCUCCAAGUGCUUCCCGCCUCACAGUGAUCGACCUCACAGCUUAUCUGUGCAAUUUUCUUCAAAGAAACUUCAUGUCUGGUUUGUGUGGCUCCUAAUCCCUCACAGGGCCAUUUUCCUCAGGGGCAGAGGUGGAGUCAAGACUCUCCCGUUCCUCAGAUGUUUUGCACAUUUUAUUUUGCUGUUGGAUUUUCCCCCCACACUGUUUUUCCAAAGCCUGCUCUGAAGCUGGAGCCAGCAAGGGGAGGUGUAUCUGUGCCUCAGUUGAUUCCCUCUCUCUUCAUCUCUUCAUGACCCCACUUGCAACUGAACAUACUUUCCAUUGCCUCUGGAGCUCGCAAAGAGAGCCUUGGAAAUGUGACAGCCCAAGGGCCCCGACAAAGAACAGAUGCUUUCUGUAAGUCCCACAAGCUGCACAGGGUCUGAAGGGCUGCAGCUGGUGCAUUUUGCAGCUGGACUCUUCCUGGAGCUGCCUCUCACUUUUGGGCUUUAAGAAAUGUCAUUAUUUGUUGCUCUGGGACUAAAACAAAAAUAAAGUUGGGGAGGGGAAAGACAUUUUAAAAGAAAACUUCUGCUUUGCAACCUCACAUCUGCUUCAGCAGCACAAAAAAAAGUGGGGCCUGGCAGGAGCAGGCAAAGGCUCAGGAAGAUGUGACUGUGGCUGGCACAGAACUGUUACUAAAUCUGAGUGCAAAGGGUGGUUUUUUUGCUUCCUCUUUUAACAUAAUCUUAUUUUUUCAGUUCGGAUUUGUGAGAUGUGGAGUGUUACAGCAUUUCUGGACUGUGAGGAUGGUUGUCAAAUGCUAACACAGGGAGUCCUUAAAGGAUGAGAGUUGGAGGUAGCUGAAAAGUGUCCAUGUGAUUUGUUGCACUCUUUUCUGAGAAUUCUUGGAAAAUUUAGACUGUCUGGGUAAAGAGAGCCAUGUCUCUAUUCCGCUGGGAGGAAGAUCCAUCUCCAGUUGACAGCUUUGGUUUUGCUGGUGCUCACAUCCCCAACACACAAGUCAGAGACUCAGUCAUGUUGCAAAUAAAAUAAUUUUGCUCUUUUGGAGUCCUCUGGCGUAAAACCUUGGUCCAUGCAGGACAGGAAUGAUCCCUGUCCUUUGUCAGGAGAGGGAAGCAGUGGCUGCUGAGAGGCCUGGUGACCACUCAGCAGCUUUGGCUGCAAGGACAACGCUGAUCCAGUUCUGCUAAAACCUUCCUGCAGUGAGCUGGGGGCUGCAGCUGCUGCUCUGGUGCUGGGCAGGCACCUUGUGUGUCUCCAGGGUCCUGCAGGAGCUGGUGCAACCACUCCAGAGUCCAGGAGAGGCUGCAGGAGUUGUAAGCCAGGUAACACUGCCCUGUGCCAACCUGCUCUGCAGUGCCAGAGGCAACUGCCCUCCGUUCCUCCCUUCCAGCCUGCAGUGUGUUGCCUCUGCAGCAGGUACCUGAAGGAAUCAUGAAAUUUGGAAAAAGACUGGGAAAAAAUUUCCCUGACUGGGGUGUGGUGUAUUUAUGUUCUGUUCUCAUGGUUCAUGGGGAGGGAGGUCGUCAGCUUUGUUGUUCUUUUUCCGCUGUCAAACUGUUGAAUAAUGAUUCUGUUGCUGCUAAACUGGUUACAGGAUCUGUCCCUGAGGAUGGCUGUAAUAAAAUAAAUAAUAGGAAAUGAUCCACA